GUGCAGGCUUCAAACCUGUAGCUGCCUAGCGGCAGAGUGGUUCAAUUCCACCUUCCGGGCGGAAUGGGUGGGCUUGACGAUCUUUAUAAAACAACUUUGUGUUGCUGUUUGCAUUUAAAGUAAAACAGUUAUUAAGUUGUAGAACACUGUAUCUUAACAUAAAAGUGUCGUUAAACCCGGAAGCGCAGACAUACAACAAGCCAAUCAGCGUAGUAAACACUGCGCUGAACCAAUCGCAGCACUCACACUAGUGUCGUCUUCGGAAGUGACGUAGCAUGCCCUUGGAUAGUACUACAGCGUGUGUUGUGCUACUAGAUUAGCACGUUAAAAUUUAUAAUGUAAAAUUCUUGGGUCGCAUAAUUUUCUGGUUUUGUGACUUUUGUCCAUCAUUUUGUGCAAAAUGCCUUUACACAAAUAUCCUCCGAAAAUAUGGGAGGCUCUGAAGUUGCAGAAAGGCAUCUAUGCCCGUCUGCCGCAGCACUACCUCCGCUCUCUGCAGGAUACCACCCCUCCUACUCCUGUCCACUGGAAACCUCUGGGUGUUAAAUACAGAGCUAAUCCCAACACCGGCCAACGGGAGCGAGUGCAGGACGUGCCCAUCCCAAUUUAUUAUCCACCGGAAUCACAGGAUGGACUCUGGGGUGGAGAAGGUUGGAUAUCCGGCUUCAGAUAUGCCAAAAAUGACAAGCUUUCUACUAGACUGCGCAAAACCUGGAAGCCACAGCUGUUUAAAAGAGAGCUGUACAGUGAGAUCCUCGACCAAAAGUUCAAUGUAACAGUGACGGCUCGCACGCUGGACCUGAUCGAUGCAGCUUAUGGAUUUGACUUCUACAUUCUUAAGACACCCAAGCAAGAAUUGAAUUCCAAAUUCGGAAUGGAUCUAAAACGUGCAAUGCUUCUACGCCUGGCGCAGAAAGAUAAGGAUCUCAACCCUAAUGAUCCGGACCGUAGAGAGAUCUAUAACCGUUACAAGCAGAAUUUUGAGAUCCCAGAAGGGGAAGCAGAAUGGGUGGGCUUGACUUUAGAAGAAGCAGUGGAGAAACAAAGACUAUUGGAGAAGAAGGAUCCAGAGCCUCUUUACAAUGGUUUGGUGAAGAAGCUUGUUAAUGAACUUACCAUAAGGAAGCUCACUGAGCCUACUAUUGUGGAAAAGAAAUGAAGAGUGUUUAGUCUGUAUUACAUUAAGAAUAUACAUCAUGUAUUUAUAACAUCUGCAACAACAACAUGCUUAUGUUCUGUAAAUAUUUCAUUUUUACUAAAUAAAGAUGUCCAGAGAUUUAAAUUUGC